CUUCUCUUUAUAAGCCCGCAGUGCCCGGAUGUGAAUGGAUUACAAUGUAUCUUUCAGGGAAACCUAUUAUUAUCAAUGUGACUCCACGGGGGAGUCAAUGGUGAUGAUGAUGAGGAGGAGGAGGAUGAUGAUGAUGAGACACCUCUAAACUUGGAACAAGUUUAAGACUUUAUAAGAGGAGAAGAAAAAAAAAACCACCAACAAGAUUUGUUUGAGGAAAAAUUCUAACUAUCCUGUAUUGAUAUUUUUUUUAUAAACAAUAAGAAAAAGUUGUUGGAUUUUUUUUUAAUGAUUUCUUUUUUGGGGGAGGGGAUUUUGUUGCAGUUUUACGGUGGAAAAUGCAAAAACCAGAACCAGGUGCAUAAUCUUGUAUUCUGUGGAUAUCCCUGGAGCAGAACUGAGUACCAGUUAAAAUACUUUUUUGGGGGAUACACAUGUGAGAUACUAAGUACUUGCAGAAGAUUUUUGUCUUUCUUUUUAAAGUCACUUUCCUUGGAAUAUUGUGAGCAUAUUUGUGGCCAUUUAAGAUGUUUUCACCUCCUGUGAGCAGUGGGAAAAAUGGACCAACUUCUUUGGCGAGUGGACAUUUUACUGGCUCAAAUGUAGAAGACAGAAGUAGCUCAGGGUCCUGGGGGAGCGGAGGACAUCCAAGCCCGUCCAGGAACUAUGGAGAUGGGACACCCUAUGACCACAUGACCAGCAGGGACCUUGGGUCACAUGACAAUCUCUCUCCACCUUUUGUCAAUUCCAGAAUACAAAGUAAAACAGAAAGGGGCUCCUACUCAUCUUAUGGGAGAGAAUCAAACUUACAGGGUUGCCACCAGCAGAGUCUCCUUGGAGGUGACAUGGAUAUGGGCAACCCAGGAACCCUGUCGCCCACCAAACCUGGUUCCCAGUAUUAUCAGUAUUCUAGCAAUAACCCCCGAAGGAGGCCUCUUCACAGUAGUGCCCUGGAGGUGCAGACAAAGAAAGUUCGAAAAGUUCCUCCAGGUUUGCCAUCUUCAGUCUAUGCUCCAUCAGCAAGCACUGCCGACUACAAUAGGGACUCGCCAGGCUACCCUUCCUCGAAACCAGCAGCCAGCACUUUCCCUAGCUCCUUCUUCAUGCAGGAUGGCCAUCACAGCAGUGACCCUUGGAGCUCCUCCAGUGGGAUGAAUCAGCCUGGCUACGGAGGAAUGUUGGGCAAUUCUUCUCAUAUUCCACAGUCUAGCAGCUACUGUAGCCUGCAUCCACACGAACGUUUGAGCUAUCCAUCACACUCCUCAGCAGACAUCAAUUCCAGUCUUCCUCCGAUGUCCACUUUCCAUCGUAGUGGCACAAACCAUUACAGCACCUCUUCCUGUACGCCUCCUGCCAACGGGACAGACAGUAUAAUGGCAAAUAGAGGAAGCGGGGCAGCAGGCAGCUCCCAGACUGGAGAUGCUCUGGGGAAAGCACUUGCUUCGAUCUAUUCUCCAGAUCACACUAACAACAGCUUUUCAUCAAACCCUUCAACUCCCGUCGGCUCUCCUCCUUCUCUCUCAGCAGGCACAGCUGUUUGGUCCAGAAAUGGAGGACAGGCCUCAUCAUCUCCUAAUUAUGAAGGACCCUUACACUCUUUGCAAAGCCGAAUUGAAGAUCGCUUAGAAAGACUGGAUGAUGCUAUUCACGUUCUCCGGAAUCAUGCAGUGGGCCCAUCCACAGCUAUGCCUGGUGGUCAUGGGGACAUGCAUGGAAUCAUUGGACCUUCUCAUAAUGGAGCAAUGGGUGGUCUGGGCUCAGGGUAUGGAACCGGUCUUCUUUCAGCCAACAGACAUUCACUCAUGGUUGGGGCCCAUCGUGAAGACGGUGUGGCCCUGAGAGGCAGCCAUUCUCUUGUGCCAAACCAGGUUCCAGUUCCACAGCUUCCUGUCCAGUCUGCAACUUCCCCGGAUUUGAACCCACCCCAGGACCCUUACAGAGGCAUGCCGCCAGGAUUGCAGGGCCAGAGCGUCUCUUCCGGCAGCUCUGAGAUCAAAUCCGACGACGAGGGGGAUGAGAACCUGCAAGACACGAAAUCUUCCGAGGACAAGAAGUUAGAUGACGACAAGAAGGAUAUCAAAUCGAUUACUAGGUCAAGAUCUAGAUACUCCCUUCUACAGAAAAUACAACUGCAGGAAAAUAGCUUCUGCAAUAACGAUGACGAGGACCUGACACCGGAGCAGAAGGCAGAGCGUGAGAAGGAGCGGAGGAUGGCCAACAAUGCCCGCGAGCGCCUGCGCGUCCGCGACAUCAACGAGGCUUUCAAGGAGCUCGGCCGCAUGGUGCAGCUCCACCUCAAGAGUGACAAGCCCCAGACCAAGCUCCUGAUCCUCCACCAGGCCGUGGCCGUCAUCCUCAGCCUGGAGCAGCAAGUCCGAGAGAGGAAUCUGAAUCCGAAAGCCGCGUGUCUGAAAAGAAGGGAGGAAGAGAAGGUGUCCUCAGAACCUCCCCCGCUCUCCUUGGCGGGCCCGCACCCUGGAAUGGGAGACGCGUCAAACCACAUGGGACAGAUGUAAAAGGGUCCAAGUUGCCACAUUGCUUCAUUAAUACAAGAGACCACUUCCUUAACAGCUGUAUUAUCUUAAACCCACAUAAACACUUCUCCUUAACCCCUUUUUUUGUAAUAUAAGACAAGUCUGAGUAGUUAUGAAUCGCAGACGCAAGAGGUUUCAGCAUUCCCAAUGAUCAGAAAACCGAAAAAACAAACAAAAAAAAAAAAAAAGAAAGAAAAAAGUGCAACUUGAGGGGUGACCCUCUAACAUAUCAUUCAGAAUGUGCAAAGCGGUGUGUGCAGGCUGAGACGCAGCCCAGAGACUGAAUGGCAAUCUUUCCACACUGUGGAACAAUGCAUUUGUGCCUAAACUUCUUUUGGAAAAAAAAAAAUAUAAUUAAUUUGUAAGUCUGAAAAAAAUAUUUAAUUUAAAAAAUUGUAAACUUGCAAUAAUGAAAAAGUGUACUUCUGAAGACAACUACAUGAACGUUUUUGUUGGUAUUCAAGUCAGCUAGUGUUUAUUAUUACCGGAUAUCGAAUAAGGGAAGCUCGGCUGCCCUCGUAACAAAACCAGCAAACGUCCUGAUGACAACAAAGUGAUGACAUUAGCCAUUCCUUAGGGUAGGAGGAACAGAUGGAUCUUAUAGACCUAUGACAAAUAUAUAUAUAAAUAUAUAUAUAAAUAUAUAUUAAAAAUUUAGUGACUAUGGUAAGCUUUUGUUCAUUUGUUUCAGACUUUUUUCUCCUGUAAAAAAAUAGUACUGAUUAACUUUUUUAAAAGAAAGAUUUUACUGUAAAUACGGAUUCUUUUUCUUUUUUUCUUUUUUCUUUCCUUUUCUUUCCUUUUUUUUUUUUUCUUUUUUUUUUUUUUUUUUUUGGUCUUUCUGUCCCUUUCCCUGGUUUGUUAUUGUAACCUGUAGUGCCGACUCUGCUUCUGGAGAGGUGACGCAGGAUAAAAUGCUGACCCUGAUGUUGUUUUUCAUUCAUAAAUAAGUAGAAAGUUGUUUCUCCAGUCUUUUGGGAACACAGGACUUAAAAGUCACAUCAUGUGUAGAUAUUACAAGCAGCAUUACCAAGACAUGGCAAAAAGAGUUUGUCUGAACUGUAAUGUUGCGUUUGUGACCCUAUUCUGGGAUUUUCAGAGGUACAAGGUUAGAAUGCUACAAUGUUACCACUGUGCCUUCCAAUGUUUAUAUCAUCGGAAACAUAACAUAAUCAAAGUGGCUGUGAUUUAACAAAAUGAUUAAGGUGUUACCUACAUGUGUAGCCGAAGUAGUGUGCAGUGAGGCGUUUCUGAAUACAUGGUCAGAUUUUUGGAAAAAAAAAAAAAAACAAAACAAAAAAAAAAAAACAAGUAAAGUUCAAAAACCAUCAAAUGAGAAAAUUGCAAGUAGUGUGACAGAGCUGAUUGAUUUUGUUGCUUUCUUGAUUUUUUGUUUUCAAAAUGGGUUUACUAAGAUGUAGAUGACUUAACUGCCUCCUCCUUCGUCUGAAAAAAUGCCAAUAUUCAAUCAUCAUGCAGCAUUAUAACAAGCCUUAUAAGUCCUAAAGCAUUAAGUUGCACUUUCUUGAGGAGGGGUAGUGCAGUAUUUCUCUGGCCAGUAUGAAUGAAGUUUAUACUUAACAUAUUUGAUAGAAACAUAGAUCAAGCUAUGGCACAGCAACUCAUCAGAUAGCUAGCUUUGACGUCUGGGCACAAUUGAACCAACUUCCAUCGUGAAUCUUUAUAAUGAUUGACUUUGGUGUAUAGUGUGCAGUAAACAAAUAGUGCUCCUAGUUAAGUACUUGUCAGCAUCCUUUUGUCUCUAACUCGUUUCUAUUUUUACAGCCACACAAUCUUGGCAUGUAUUAAGAAAAAAAAAAAUCCCUGUUCAAGUAGUUUUUCCACCUAUCAGCACUGAGUAAAUGCCAUAAAUCCAUCGAAAUGGUCUAAAUGUUCCAUCUGUUCUCCUGUUUUGCCAGUUAUAUAGUAAUGAAAUACAUUUGUAAAUUUUAUGCAACAAAUGGCAAACGUAUCAUUAUUUUGAAAUCGUGUAUGUAAAAGUUAUAUUUUUACAUGUAGACUCUUGUUAUUAUGUGUUUUAAUACAUUGUAUCAGUUUUUGUUGUUUUUUUUUUUAAACUGUGUGGUUUAAAAAACGUCUCAUUUAAAUGAAAUAGUGAGCUACAAGAAUCUGAAUUUUAUGUUCAUUUCCGAAAAUGUAAGAACAAAUAAGAUAGUUACCACGUGGUCAUCUUUUACAAACCCAUAAACAUUUUGAUUAGCUGUGUGUGUGUUGAAAACUGUAAAUAUGUUCAGUAGCGAUAAAACUAAAAUACUUUGAUUUGUUGAUAAGUUCCUAAAAUGUGGAGGUGGAUUAAAAACUUAGGAGAAUAGCAGAAAUCAAACUUCAUGAAGUUAUGUUGAGACUUUCCUGUGAAAUGUACGAACAAAGGGGCUCAAAGAAGGGCACGGAAGACAACAUUGUAUACUCUCCCCUCCUCCUGAACAAUGGCAACCAUGUGUACUUGUUCCCUCAGUAUGUUCAAGAUUUCCUUUUAGUGGUACAUUCUGUACUCAUUUUGUAUAGUCUACCAAGGCGGGUAUCCCUAGGAACAAUAUUAUAUAGGAAGCAGGUAUACUCUGAUCACAUUCAGGAUAAGUGUACAGAAGAAAAUACGGUGUUUACUCUUUAGGGAACUGGAAAUACUCCCUGCAUUGAUGUACAUUUUAAGAAUGGCACUUUUGAUACGUGUUAUCAUAAAGGUGCUUAAUAGAGCUGAUUUAAAGUUUUUCAAACCUGUAAGCAAAGCAAAAAAUUAAAUUGUAGUUGAUUAUUUUUUAAAUUGGUGCUUUAUAUUUUGUUCUCAAACAGAGUUAAAAGCUGCAAUUUAUUGUUCACCAGCUUUGAUGUAUUCAUUACUCAGUAAUGUAAUACCUCUAUUGUUGAAUUCCCUUUGGAAAUAGGCGAAAAACUUUCUAAUGGCCACCAAAAGCUGCUCACUACUUUUUGCUUGGUGGAGAGACAGGAUCUGCACCUAUACCUAUUAAUUGGGUUGUAUCCCCAUUUAAAAAAAAAAAAAGGUGAAAGGGAAUGUGGCCUUUUUAGUGUGUUUUUUCUUGUCGUUGUUUUGUAAUUAUCAAACCCAGGUAAGAUAUUGGUAUCCUGCGCUGGAUUUUCGAAUGAAAUUUAGCAGAAGACAGUUAGGAUGAAAGUACUAUACAGAAUUUCACAAGGGUCCAUACUAUACCGCAUACCUGAUGCUACUUAGGCUGGGAAUCUGUUGGAGAGACUUGGACUUUGAAAGCAACUUGGAAUAGUUGAUCCACCUCCACAUUCAAGUAAUUUAUGAAUAUGCAGAAUAGGGAUCUGUUCAUCUAGACACUUUUACCAUUUGUCUUCUGUGUAUAGCUGCAAGGAACACUAAUGUUUAUACAACUGUCAGUCCACCCAGUAACACAACUGGUUCUGAUUCAGUCUUCCGAUUCCUUUCUGUUUUUCGCUUUUUCCUACUUCUUGGUUGUUGUUUUUGUUUUUUGUUUUUUGUUUUUUUGUUUUUUUAUUCGUGAUCUUUAUUUUGAUGAGGGGUUGGGGGGUGGGGAGGGAGUUGAACCAAGACUCGGGGUUAAGAGGAUUUUCGUCUUGGAUCCAACAGGCAGAAUAUGAUCUGUGUCCAAAAGUGAACUUGAGUCAGGAAUGAAACCAUUUCAGCAUAAACAAGCACAAAAAUUUAGUCUGCUGGCUGACUGGAAACAAAAAAAAAAAACAAAAAAAACAAAAAAAAAAACACAAAACAAAACAAAACAAAAAGGUCAAGAUGGAAUAUGAUGAAUUCCAACACAAUGGGGCACCAAGGCCUUUAGGCCUCUCUUUUUAUUUUGCUUUGGUUUUGUUUGUUUUUCUUUAGAGACAUGCUCUUUCUCAUGGGACUUGAAGUGGAUUCAUCUUCGUGCCGUGCUGGUUUUGCCAUCCUCAUUUCAAGUAUUAUAGACAUAUGUAAUGGUGAAAAUAUAUGAACUGUGGCCUUUUUCAUUCUUGUUACUUGUGAUGCAAUUAAGUGAAGAUAAGAAAAAAAAAGCAGAGAUUUACCAUGUAUCAGUGCCUGGCUUUUUGUUAUAAAGCUUUGUUUGUCUAGUGCUCUUUUUGCUAUAAAAUAGAGUGUAGUACACCCUAGUAGGAAAAAAAAAACUAAAUUUAAAAAUAAAAAAAAUAUAUUUGGCUUAUUUUUCGCAGGAGCAAUCCUUUUAUACCAUGAAUAUUACAAAAAAAAAUUGUCAGAUUCUGAAUAUUUCUUCUUUGUAGAUUUUUGGAAUCAUUAUGAGUAAAAGUUUGUUACUUUAUUUUACUAUUUAAAAGAUGUUAUUUUACCAUGUGUUACUGAGAUGAAACUGUAUGGUAGCUUUUUUGUUUUUUUGUUUUUUUUGUUUUUGUUUUUGUUUUUGUUUUUGUUUUUUAGUUGUAGGUCGCAGCGGGGAAAUUUUUUGCGACUGUACACAUAGCUGCAGCAUUAAAAACUAAAAAAAAAAAAAUUGUUAAAAAAAAAGGGAAAACAUUUCAAAAAAAAAAAAAAAAGAUAAACAGUUACACCUUGUUUUCAAUGUGUGGCUGAGUGCCUCGAUUUUUUCAUGUUUUUGGUGUAUUUCUGAUUUGUAGAAGUGUCCAAACAGGUUGUGUGCUGGAGUUCCUUCAAGACAAAAACAAACCCAGCUUGGUCUAGGCCAUUACCUGUUUCCCAUCUGUAGUUAUUCGAUGAAGUCAUGUACAUGACCGUUCUGUAGCAAUAAAUGUGCCAUUUUUAUAAA